CAAUGCCUGGAGAGGGUUAGUAUGACCGGGUCGAGUUUCAUAACAAGUUCAUCAGCACUCAUACCCCUCCGUACACUGAGGACGACCCCGAUAUCAGAGGUCAACCAGAGGAACAGGGCCCGUUCUGACAACAGUACACAGUUCUUAGUAACGCCACACCUCCUCUGAUCACCGUAACACCGUCAUAGGGCCAACUGGAGCCGAGUUUACACAAGCCACUGUCAAGGGCUUUCUAAGACACGCCUGACCGACCGGUCAUGUGUGUAUAUAUUAAGCGGUGACAGCUACGCGGUUGUCUACACUAGCGCGCUAGAUUCUCGCCGUAACCAUAACUAGUUCUGUCACAGAGCAAGGUUUCAUCAUUAAGAUGAUCCGAGCAUCCUCUUCGGCCUCCACAACGUCCUCCAGGACCACGCUGCCCACCUGGAUCCUCAUUUGGUUUAUCUUCACCACCAUCCUCUGUACCUGGGACGCCUGCUUCAUUCUCCUGCGUCCUCACACCUUUCCAGGCGGCAAGUACAACGUGUUGUGGUAUCCAUAUCGAGCUUAUAUAAACAUAGAUCAGAGGUACCGAGACGUGUCAGACGGAUUCGUGGUCGCCAUUAGUCUCAUGAACUGUGCCGAAGUAAUUUUCAAUGUAGCAACGCUGUUUCUCCACAAGCAGAAAAGUCGUCACACGGUGCCUCUGGGCUUCACGGUCAGUGUGAUGACGUUCUGGAAAACCAUCAUGUACUUCCUGAUGUUGGCCGAAAUCUGCGGAGGACACAACUUCCGCAAGGGAAAUGAAUUCUGGGAGGAGAUUUUCAUCAUCGCCAUCCCUAACGGCAUCUGGAUCGUACUGCCGUUUAUCGUCAUGGCCGCUCUCUGGAACCGAAUGAUGCUGAGAGCAGAAGAAGACGACAAGAGGGUGUUCUCGACCUUCAACUCCCGGGGAAAUGGACUGACUUACGCCCAAACCAACGGUAAAUCCAUCAAAGCACAGUAAGCUGGAUGGCAGUAAAAGAUUCCGGGAUCGAUAAACGUUUAGUUUUUUUUCAUCGACUUACUUGGAUUGAACGCACAGAGACUUCGUCCAUCCUUCCAUCUCGGCAACCAUCUAUUAUUCAUGUCUGUCCCUAUGGUAUUCAAACGUGAGCAAUGCUUUAGUUCCAUGAUGAGUACUUUUGGUGUUCUAAUAUUGUGCAUUGAAUGAAAGGGUCGUCUGAUGGUGUUAUUGAUUU